CAGUGUGACGUGGGUGCAGUUGAACGGGUGGAGCAAAUCAAAUAAGUACGAUACACUGCUGCUCAUUUACUGCAGUGUUUUAUCUCAGUGUGUGUGUAGUAAGAAAUGUAUGUACAUAAUGUUGUAUUUACGUCGAAGUCGGUUUCUAUCGGGAUAGAGAUCUGUCUGCGCGAGCGCCGCCCGCCCAAGCGUCCGGCGUCCGCUUGCGAAAUGCGCAUUCAUGUGACACACUUCGCAGAAUACGGAGGCAACAAAGACCGAAUAUUUUUUCAUUCAAAUAAAAGUGAAAUAAACAGUAUUUCUUAAACUUCUAACGUGGUGAACAAAACAGUGGUUGUUUAAUUUAUUUGUUGAAUAUUUCAAGUUAAUAAAAUGGGCAUGAUCUCACGAGUGCGCGGACGCAUUAGGAGUGAUUCUUUCUCGAAAAUUCACACGCUCAAAUCUGAGGACAAACUUGCCAAUAUCGUAUGGCUGCUGUCCUUGGUCCUACUAUUACCAUAUUGGGCGCCGAGAGGGUUGCUAGUGGCGCUCGGCGGUGCCUGGCUGAUGGCCGCGUACACAUGUUUGGUGGUGCCUGUUCUCAUCUCAGCCAACUACAAAUACCCUGCGACGUGGUACCCUGCCGUGGUCAAACUCGCUCAAGAAUUGGCAAAGAAGUUGCGGUCACCAGUAUCGCGGGUGAUGGGAGUCAUGAAGGCUGUGUAUGCACCGGUAGAGCGCGCUGAGAAACUCUUCCUGCAGAUGAACAAUCUUUCAACUAUGAUUGGACAGUUACUGAUGUUCACAGCUUGCGACCGCCUACUGGUCUCCCAAGGCAGACUGACCUGUCUCUACUCCUUGAUGUUCUACAACGUCGUCACUUACUCCGUCAGCUAUGUCCGUGAGAUCUAUACCAAGGAAGAUUGGUCACCCUAUGUCAACGUCACUCGCCAUUCCCGAGUCAAGCACCUCGCGAUGUCAGCGACGAAGAUAGUCCUGGAAUGGACGAAAGCGGUUACCUUUAUUGUCACCAUCACAUUCGUACUCCUCGCUCUUGGAUUGGAACAAGGAUUGGAGCAUUAUAAGCCCACAGCAUUGUAUACAGCCAUAACUGGUACAUACUAUCUUUUAACAGAGAGAACCUUUUUGGAGCUCUGGCCAAUUGGACUUACUGCUUUAAAAUUGGAGAGGUUAGAAGGCAUGGAGCUGCUAUACUUCGGCGUCUGGGCCAGAGCUAUUACUACAGUGCUGGCCCUGCCUUUAGUGCCAGCUUUAAUAUGGUACGAGCGAUGGAGGUUAUCCGCUCUGCUCUUCUAUGUAUGUGUCUUCGUUCACGGAAGACACAGGCUUGGAGAAGCUCUCAUGAAGCUGCAAGAAGCUAGGGGUUCCCUGGCGAGGUUUAGGCGAGCUACGACAGAAGAGCUCGCGACACUUGAGGACGUUUGUGCAGUGUGCUUGGGAACUAUGAAGUCAGCACGAGUAACGCCCUGUGCCCACUUCUUCCACGCAGACUGUUUAAGGAAAUGCCUGGCAAAUUCAGACAGAUGUCCCAUAUGUGUUAGGCCAUACGUGUUUUGCUGACGAACGGCUAUUUAUAUUCGGAUAAGACUGCUUAACGAAAUUAAACUCCGCCAUUUGUAAUAAGUGGAAAUGUAAUCGAUAAGAUGAUAAUUGUGAAAGUAAGGUUGUUAGUAAGGAGGCUGAGCUAUGGAGGGUUUGAACAUGUUGUGCUCGAUUGUAUAUAUUGUAUUAUUUACAAGUAAUUUAAAGCUUUAGUUGUGAAGUUUCGCAAAUAAUGCCUAGCAUUGUAUAAAAAUAUAGAUAUAAAGAAAAAUAUUCCCCCAAUCUGUACCUACACCAUUCUGACAGUUCUAGUUAUAAUUCAGAGUUCAGAGAUAGCUACUUAAUUAUGAAAAUUCAUAAAUUUUAGAUGCAGUUUACUGAUAUCUACUAGAAAAAAAGUAUGUUCACCGUUAAACCAACUUACUUAAUAUUUUUUUAAAUAAUUUUUAUGUCCUUAUUCCUAAUUUAUCGUUGUCGCUUACUGCACUACGGGUUUCGAGAGCUAGCACUGCUGGCAUGGAGACUAAUUAAAUAUAGAAGGGAAUACCAUGAACAUGGUAAAAUGUUGAUAAAUGCUAAAGAACCGCUCAUAAAUCGCGCCAUUUUGUACCCAGAUCUUAGGUAGCCCCACGCUUUCUUUGGGUCCAAGUCUGUGUUAAUGUUUUUUUAUAAUAAAUCGAAAGUCC